CGAGGGUCGAAGCUCCAGAGACCAGUCGCCCUAGCGUUUUGAGCCUCAAAUUGUUCCAUUGCAGCGAAACUACGGAGCAACAACACACUACGGCGCAUUCAAAUUGCCUUCACGAUUCUUCUAGAUACAACCUUGGACGCCGCAACUGUCAACUCUCGUAGGCAUCCGAAUCACGACACAUUGCCCUGGGACAUCUGCAUCACACACCUCUGCAAACCACCCCAGUCGGCUGGGCAGUCUCGUCAUGUCGAAUAAGGCACCAUCGCGCGUGGUGUUUGUGGGCAACAUCCCAUAUGGCCUCUCAGAGGAACAGAUCAGCGACAUCUUCAGCACAGCGGGCAAGGUGCUGAACUUCAGACUCGUCUACGACCGCGAAACGGGCCGCCCCAAGGGGUUUGGAUUUGCCGAGUAUCCAGAUGCCGACUCUGCCGCUUCUGCCGUUCGCAAUCUGAACGACUACGAAAUCAUGGGCCGGAAACUGCGAGUCGACUACAGCAGCGAAGGAAAGGCCGAGGAGGAGGACGGCCCAAUGCCAUCGAGACCAGCGCCGACCGCCAACUUCUCACAACCCGCCAACGGUACUUCACACACAGCCAACCCUGCGGGCAGCCUGCCGCCGUUACCGCCUGGAAAGGAGCUGCCCCCAGGUGUCACCGCGACCGAUGCGAUCUCCCGAACUCUCAACACGCUGCCUCCCGCACAGCUGCUCGACAUAUUAUCACAGAUGAAAUCGCUGGCGAGCACAGAUGCGGCGAGGGCGACAGAGCUGCUGGCGCAGGCGCCGCAGUUGUCCUACGCGAUAUUCCAGGCACUUCUGCUCAUGGGGCUGGUCUCGCCAGAGGCCAUCUCCUCUGUGGUAGACACGAGUGCCGCGCCUCCACAGAUGCCGCCGGCAGUCCCGCCAGUGGGUUACCCGGUGCCGCCAGUGCCUGGCUAUCCUGCGGUGCCCACUGGCACACCGCCGGUGGCUCCCCCUUACGCGCCUCCAGUGGCCCCGGCCCCUCCGCCGGCUGGCGAUCAGGAUGCGCUCGUGAAGCAGGUCCUCAGCCUGCCACAGGAGGUUAUUGACCAGCUGCCCGAGGCUGAGAGGCAGCAGAUCAUGACGCUGCGGGCGACGCUCAUGGCGCAGAUGAGAUGAGGGGGUUUAUCAGUGGAAGGGCAGGAAUUGCGUGUUUUCGUAGCGAUUAUGGCUCAGUGCCUCAUACCCAAUAUCAGAUCGUGGCCAAUUGAGUAGCCAUCCGGAAUUUAUACAGAAGUCUCAUUCUUGCAGGUGGACACGUGAAAAU